AUGGAAAUACAGCACAGCAAACUGGGGGGACGUAGUGACGGCGGCACUGAGGAGGAUGCCUGCACUGGCGUCCCCCGUCCCCUCUCCGGCACACCCGGCGGCUCUGCUUCCCUCCUCCGCCCUCCGGGCCGCACCGGUUCUCUCGGGCCCAGCACCAAGCCGCCCUGCGGCCACGGCUCCCAGCCCGCACCCUCCCCGGACUCCAGCCCCGAGCGCCUCCCCGCAGCCCCCCAAGGGCCUCCCUACCCGGGGGCUCACCUUCGCCUGGAGGCCCCGCUGGCCUCUAAGCCUCCCCGGCUCCGCCGCCUGCUCCUUCCCGGGCUCUCCCGCAGCCUCCCGGCCCCCGCACUUGUCCCGCUUCUGUCCCCGCCGCUCCGGCCCGGCUUCUCCCCAGCGCCGUCGCCCGAGAGCCCAGGGGCGCAGCGGCACCGGGCGCGGCCUCCCGGGAGAGCAGGUUCACCGUCGGCGGAAUCCGGGGCUUGA